AUGGUUAUAUCUAACAAAGACCUUCAGGAAACUGUCUACAAUAGAUGCAUCAAAAUCAGGUCAAAUACAACAAGAGAAUAUCAAAUGUUCUCUGCUGUAAGUCCUAUUGAAAAUGCGUCCAGAAAUGUUGAGAUACUUUCUAAAAUGAUUUCUGAUCUUGAUUUUGAUGACGCUGACUUGCAAUUACAGAAGAAGAAUAUUUGUUUUGAAGCAGUUGAUUAUGAUAAUAAUCCAAAAAAAGUCGUGUUUGAUUACUUACAUCAGACGGCAUUCCAAGGGACUCCGUUAGCUCAAAGCGUGAUGGGCCCAACAAAAAAUAUAUUAGAAUUUGAUAAAAAUAUAAUUAGUAAUUUUAAGUCCGAAAAUUACCAACCACAUCGAUUAUUUUUGGCAGUGUCUGGGGGAGUGUCACAUGCAACAAUGAUGGAUGAAGUUCGUAGGAAUUUUCAUUGCUUAAGAAAUACAGAAUGCAAAGAAUGCUAUAUUGGUGCGCAACGUUUUACAGGUUCACAAAUUAUUUCCCGUGACGAUUGUAUGCCUUAUGCUCAUGUUGGUAUUGCUAUAGAAGCGCCAGGAUAUAAUUCUCCAGAAUACUUGACACUUCUAGUUGCAAGUAGUCUAACAGAUUCAUGGGAUAGGACACAAGGUGGAACUAUUUGUAAUGGAUCUCCAUUAGCACGUGCGGCUUCAACUUCUUUAUUAUGCGAAAAAUUCGAGUCCUUUUACAUCGCUUAUCAUGAUGUUGGAUUGUGGGGUAUAUAUUUUGUAGGUGAUCGAUUAUGUUUAGAUGAUAUGGUAUCAAACAUUCAGGAUCAAUGGAUGCAAAUGUGUACUACUAUAGUUCAAAGCGAUGCCCAAAGAGCAGUCAAUUUGGCAAAACUUAAAUUGGCUAAGAAGAUUAAUGGUGUCGCUAAUUCUUGCCGUGAUAUUGGCUUACAGUUGUUAUAUAAAUCUGAACUUAAAAAUUUAUCUGAACUAUAUUGUGAAUUAUCAAAUGUAACAGAUAAAAUGAUUAAGGAUGUAGCAUUCAACUAUAUUUACAAUAAAUGUCCUGUUGUUGCCGCAAUUGGUCCCACUGAGGGUCUACCGGAUUACAAUAGAAUUAGGUCUGGAAUGUAUUGGUUGAGACUG